GAACUGUUGGCGUUGACAGGUUCUACCUUCGUGGGCAUGAUCGUGUAUAGAAUGCAGACAUGGUUGUUCGAGGGCAACCGCCAGGGUAGUGACUAUCAAUCUAAUCUAAUCAUAAAUUCACGAUGCACAUGAUCUCUUCGCGACUCUGACCUCCUACCGCUGCCGAUUCUCCAUCUAUUCAACGCGCAUCCCUUCUCAAGCCUACUGAUACAUAGAAGCAACUGAAAUCAGAGCCCACUCUCAGAAAAUGAGCGACUCUGACUCUGAAGAUGAGCGACGCGAUCCUCUUGGACAUCUCAUGCAACGACAAGACUCCAUAGUCCCAAGCCAACCCCCGUCAAUCAUUCCCGGGGAGGAGGUGCACUUGUCUUACUCCGCAGGCGCAUUGACCGUAUCCAUCGACCUCGCCCUCGACGCUUCUCCUGGCUGCGGCGGCAUCGCCUGGCCUGCAGGAGAGGUCCUCUCGCGAUACCUGGUGCUCCGGGGCCCCGAGUUCGUGAAGGCGAAGAACGUUUUGGAGCUGGGGAGCGGGACGGGGCUGUGUGGGCUCGUCGCUGCAGCUAUGGGCGGCAAAGUCGUGAUCACCGACCAAGCACCUCUGUUGCCGAUCAUGCGCGAUAACGUUGAGCUCAAUCGACUCUCGGCGGCGUGCAAAGUCGUGGAACUCAAUUGGGGAGAGCCAAUACCCGAGGACAUUCCCACACCCGACAUCGUUCUCGCAGCGGACUGCGUUUACAUCGAAUCUGCGUUCCCACUUCUGGUCCAGACGCUGUCGGACCUGGUGGCGAACGGCGACACCCAAGUUUUGUUCUGUUACAAGAAACGAAGGAAGGCGGACAAGCGUUUCUUCGCGCUCCUGAAGAAGCAAUUCCGCUGGGUUGAUGUUGAAGACGAUCCUGGUCGAUCAACCUACACUCGGGAGGCCAUCUCGCUCUUGCGGUUGUAUAAGAUAUAAGCAGCGGGAUCUCUGUUGCGGAGCCGCUGCUGAAGGUAAAAAUACAUGUUAGUAUGUGUACUGGUCCGUCGAGACAAAUCGUGUCGAUGGAGUGUGCCGAGGCUCCUUCUGAGUCCUGCUACAGAUCCCUGGCAUUCAAGGAAGAUGCUAGUGGUGGUACUUACCACGCCCGCUAAUCGCAACUAAGCUGUCUGCUUGAAUUGAUCCUGUCACAGUCUGAUCAAGCGUCUUGACGGAUUCCUAUGUGCUCGCUGGUUUCAUUCCAGCCAAGAUUUACAUUUACAAAAACUUUGCUAGCGUUAUGGACUCGACUCGGAGUUAAACGCGGUUAAACGCGUCCAGAACGUGUCUUUGAUGUUCGCAUGAAAAAUGAAAUCUGGCCAGCACGGUCAUGGUCGAAAUUUGUGCCACGUGGGGUCAAGGCAAGUUGUCAAGGAAGUGCCUGGUAACGGGUAAAUCCGGCGCUUCUCCAGCGCUGUGGUCCGCAUUGCACCGGAAGUACGCAACAAGAUUCUGUCGGAGAAAUUUCGGAGCAGCCAAUAGUCGCCGAUGGUGUUUGAGGAGGCUGAGGCUCGAGACUCUGCAUGUUCUGGGAUGUUCUGGCCAUGUACUUGUCGGAAGAGAGACUGAUGGAGACUGUGCCUUGUUGUCAAGCUUGGGCCACGCGUAACGCGUUGUUAUGGGCUCGGAACCUAAUUGCCAAAAUGCCUGUCAGGAGUAUUGAUGGAUCAGAUACAAUCUAUCAUCGCAACCUAUCUGAGCAGUGGACAGGCAGAUCAGAACGUAUUCUAGCUUGCUUGCACUGUUCACAACUGUGUUCCUCCCAAGGAAGAGGUACAUGCGGGCGUCUGCGAUGAUUGAUGCUACUGUCUGCUCAAGUACAUUGUAUAAGAACGGCGUAUGGAGAUUGAUUCCGCAGCCCAACGUGGAUUCGGCUGAUGCCAACAUGAGGUAUUCUGUAACGAGCACGGCACUCGGAAUCAAUAAAAGGCUCGGCUCGGGCUUGGAAGAUGUAUAAAAAGCCAAACCGCAAUGGUAAAUUCUCAUCCCUUCUUCCUCUACUCCCAGUUUCUUGGCCCGGUCGCCUUCUUUGUCGUCGUACGCUCCAGCAGCCCAACACCUUCUUUGCAGCAACACUUUCAUUUUUUCCAAACCCCACACCAUGUUCAUCAAGGCUUUCAUUGUCGCCGCCGCUGUUGCGUCUGUCCAGGCUCGUUUCGGAGAGGAGCACCCUGCUGUUAUCCAGCAGAUCGCCGACCUCCAAGUUGGUGCACCUGGUGUCGCAGCCACCCUCGCGGGAGGCUCCAUCUCCAACCUGCUUGCUGCUUCCAACCCCUGUGACAAGCUCAAGACCGCUGACAAGAUGAUCGCGGCCCUCGGUACCUCGUCCAACGUGGUCACCCUCGUCCGGACCUUCGUUGCCGCUGAGCAGAACUUCAACCCGUUCGCCACCGACCGCCCCGUGUUCUGCAGUGACCCCACCCUGCCCGCGACCGCGGAGCUCCGUGGUGUCAUUCCCCUCGUCGACCCGGCAGUCGCCGGUGCGGCCGCGGAGAACACUGCGAAUCUUCCUGCCGGAUCAGUUACGAUACCAAGCAACCAAACGAUCCAAUCCACAAAGAAACCUUGUGCAAUGCACAGUCCACUCACUCACCGUAUAUGUUCCUUGCCCUCGAUGCUCCUCCUCCUGCUCUUCGCAACACUCUCUGCCGCGCAGACCCGCCAGACACUCUCCUUGAAUGCAGUCGCAAAUGAGCGGUCUCCCAAUCCGCCGUUUUUCACCAUCCCGGCGGCACCACAGCUGGCCAUCUCUGUCACAUUAUGUGCCUCGACGACCAACGCAGCGCUACCGCGAUUUUUCCUCGCCAAUAGCUCUUCCACUGCCAGUCCGGACUCCAGUGGUGGCGUUGACGUGUUCGAGAUCCCAUUAGACCGAGGGUAUGGGCAAUGGACGGGGCCGUUUCCUCAGGGUGGAGUUGUUGGGGUGGAGAAUGCAGGAAAUGUACCGUUCCAAAUCGGUGUGUCGGCGGGGGACGCACCUAUGCAUGAAGUCCUAGCGGACCCUCCGCUCUUCGGAGACUCGACCGCGACUCAGGCGAUACUCUUCUCCCCGUCAUUCGCGUCCUUUGACUUUGUGGAUCCGACGUAUCCCAACUACACUCUUUCGAUGGAGAAUUUGACGCCACCCGCUCCGCCUCCGAACCCACCCAACUUCAGGCUGAUUAUCACGCCAACGAGCGAUGCGCUCUCGGCAUUGCAGCAAACAUCUUGCGCGCUCUCUUCCCUAAAAUCGAGCGGCACGGUGGCUAAUCAGACUCUGUGGUCGAGGGACACCAACGCAUGGCGGUCACAAUGGAUGAUGACAGGGCUGACUGCAUCGACGAACUACACAGUCUUCGUGAUCCAGGACUCGUUCAAAGUCACCCGGCCGAUAUAUCUCACAACAAAGUCAUCCUCGUUCUCGUGCCCGCUCGUCUCUAACCUACCAUAUUGUCCAUCAAUAUCAUACGCCGUCCCGCUGCCUGCACUGCCAUCCUCCCAGCUGGCCUACAAUGCCACCAACCUUCCGACGUCGAUAUCGGCCCCCCUGUUGUCAUCACUCACCAACUUCACGACGACGCUCACCACCUUCGCCUGUGGACGCGACUUCUACUCCCCGCUGGUGACAUGCGCCGACUGCCAGCGCGCGUACCGAACCUGGCUCUGCGCCAUCUCGUUCCCGCGCUGCGCCGACCCCGCCGCAGCUCCGCCGUCCGCCGCACUGCUGCAGGCGCAAGCGCCCGAUGCGCGGAACGCGGCGUUUCCGCCUGGGAGCAACUACACGCAGCUGCUGCCAUGUCUGGAGACGUGCACUGCCGUCGACCGCGCGUGCCCGCAUUUCCUGGGCUUCAAGUGUCCGGUGCCGCGGUUCAAUGCGGCGGCCAGCUACGGGGUCGGUUACAUCGACAGCCCGGCCCCAGGCGUCCAGGGCCAGGGACUCACUGGCGCGUGGUCAGAUGACUUUGGGAAUGUGUGGUGCGCGGGGAGCCCAUGAUCCUACGGACAUGCUGUUUUCUAGCUUAUGUAUCACUAUCUAAGGCGACUGUACAAUUUGUUGUGAGCUGGGGCCUCAGGAAUAGAAACCAGAGUCGCGCAGAUGCUGCUGGUGCUCUCCACGGUGGGCGCGGACGCGUUUGUCGACACCCAUCCGCCAGAUGGGUGCGAUGAUCUGCGCAUGAUGUCAAGAGCUGGCGAAGAGAGUACGUCGUAUGAACGCACCCCGGCAAGACAGUCGUAUAUGGGAUCCAGGAGCAGAUUGUUGCGAGGCGUCACGCCUCUCGUGGACGCCCGAAACAGGUCUGUAAUCAUGUCUGCUGUGAUGUGAGUGUGUCCUCGUUGCACUCCUGGGGAGAGUGAGUCGUACGCCGAGGAGGCUCGACCCAAUCAAACAUUACCUUGGAGCAGGGCUUGGGCGGCAACUUCCGCUGUGAUUCCCUCAUCUGUGCUCUCGAUAUCCAGCGUUAGUUUUGGUUUGCUCAGGUUUUCCGUCUCAUAUCCUGGGGUAUACAUUGUCGGCGGGAAGAAGAUAUGCACGUCGAUGUCAUACAGCAUGAACUCUGACUGGAGCGUGUCGGCCAAUCCUACGAAUAGAAUUCAGCUAGGUGACGACAGGUAUGAGUUAUAGGCACAUACCACGAAGAGCGUGUUUCGCAGGUGAGUAUGAGG